CCCAAAAUCAAAACCAGGGGAGUAGCAACAUAUCCAACAAUGGCGUCUGCUUCAACGUUUAGCCUCUCUUCUCUACGUGCUGCCCUCCCCUCCCCUCCUUCUAUCUGCUUUCCCAACGGCUUCUCUCCUUCAAACCUCAAAAUCGCUCGCCCUAAGUCUGCCCCAAGGCCGCUCAACUCCUUUGUAGGUCUCGCUCCGCUGCUGCCCAUCUUCUCUUCUCCAGAUUCAUUUAGCUUUGAGCACUGCUUCCCCACGGUCGACAAUGGUAGCCGAUUCUUUGCCAUGAGACACGGGAGGAAGGUGCCCAAGCUCAACCGGCCUCCCGACCAGCGCAAGGCUCUUCUACGAGGCUUGACUACCCAGCUUCUCAAGUAUGGUCGCAUAAAGACCACCCGAGCCAGGGCUAGUGCAAUGAGGAAGUAUGUCGAUAAGAUGGUCACACUGGCUAAGGACGGCACCCUGCACAAGAGACGACAAGCCCUUGGCUUCGUCUACGAAAAGCAAAUCGUCCACGCCUUAUUUGCUGAGGUCGGGGAGAGGUACGGGGACAGAGAAGGAGGAUACACUAGGAUAAUCAGGACGUUACCGAGGCGUGGGGAUAAUGCUCCUAUGGCUUACAUCGAACUGGUCUAGGUUGUGAUGGAUAUAUUAAGCUUGUGUUCUGUGACAUUUCUAGAGAGAUUUUUGUAGCAAUUCCUUCCUUUGUAUCCGUAUCAGUAAGACCGAUUCUUUCCUCUAUCCUUGAUUCGAAUCAAAUAUGAUGCGUUUAAUUUA